UGAAAUACUUUUAGCGUUACUCUGCCCUCGAGAUCCUUCUUUGCUGCCACACAGCGCUGUUGCUUUAAAUUUGGUAAUUUUUUGCGAAAAAACACUUGCCACCUGGGGACUGCUGAUUACCGUUUUUUAGUCUGUGGAAAUGUAUAUAUCGGCGGGUUAAUUAUGAUUAUACGUCAGUAUAAAACCUCUAAAGCAGCGGUUCACAGACCUUUAAAAGAUCUCGUACCACCAUCACGGCACCGUUCCUGAUCUAUACUGAAAGCCGGGCUCCACUGGACCUUGAACCGUCGUGGCUGGCUGGGGGAACGGGCUGAUCACCGCUGGCAGAUCGUAAUCGUCUGCCUUGCAGACACAAGCAUCCCCUGUCCCAGGGCCCUUGCCCCAGAGAGCUCGGUCUGUGUCUCGGACUGCAGCCGGAGUGUGCCGAGCUGACCCGGUGAGCUCGUCCAGCCGCAGCCCAGCAUCCGAGUCCUCUGAGGCCUGGUUGCAGCUUUUGCCUCCAGCCCUACAGCCAAGUGGAUGAGUCCAUAAAGCAGGCUUUCAAGGAACGGUAAAAAUGAGUAAGGUACCGUGCAGAGGCAUGUACCUGCCCCUGCGCCCCGGCAACCCAAACUGCGACGUCGCGUCCUGUGAGGAGUCGGACUCGUUGAGGAGCAUCAGCAGCCUGAGCGAAGGCAUCCUGACCAGCCCGCUGGAUGUGGAAAUGUUGGAGUGUGAGGAGGGAGACGGGCCAGAACCGCUGCUACUGUCCAAGCCGGGUAGUGGGGACACGCUGGGAUCUGCGGCGGUGUCCUCCGGUCCUACGGUGCCGUGGAAAAGCAACAUCACUUUCCUGAAGACCGACCUUGAGGCUUGUAAUGGCAACCAGAUUCAUGUCCUUCAGUUCGGCGGCCCUGACCACACCAAAGGGAGCCCACAGCACCCACUAGACCAUGUCCUGAAUGAGGAGGCAGGAAGGCAGGCCGACACGCGUAACGAGAGCUCUGGUGAGGUCCUUGGGGACUCUGCCAUGUCCACGAGCUCUGAAGACGUGGUGAUGCGGAGGAGCAGCCUGAGCCUCAGCGACUCCGGCAAGCAGCUCAGCGACUCCCUGCUGGGCCGGUCCACCCGCUGCCCCGCCAGAGCCCCCCGCAUGGGGACGUCCUCAGUGACGCCCGACAUCUGCGAGGGCCUUCUACAAAAGACUCACAUCUGUGACAUCGAUAAAGUCAUAGAAACUGGAGUGCGGCAGGAAAAUAAAGAUGGGAGACUCUUCAGGAGCUCUCCUGCAAAUCGACAUCCCUCCAAGAUGUCCUCCGAGAGCAAGGAGGAUGGUGAUCUGGCCCUUGACGCGGGGAGCGGCGCCUCACAGCCUCACGGCAGCUUGUCAGACGUCCUGUUUGGCGAGACCUUCGUGUUCUUUGAUUCGAAUUCCGACUCCAGCUGCAAUGCUCAAACCUCUACCCCCGUGCUGGAGUCAGGCAGCAAGAACUUCUGCAUCCCGCCUUUCGAGCGCCGGUCACAGAUCAGCCAAGCCGGGUCCAGCAGCCCGGCCCUGGGGCCCAGAGGGCUGCAGCAUGGGACACCUCCGAAUCCAGCCAGAGGCUCAAGGGUGCCGGGUCCCGCCCAGGGAGGAAUGGCCAGGCUGGGACUCGCGGAGGUUCCCCAAGCUGCCGGACCUCGAGAUUGCAAAGCUCCGGAUGACAGCGAAGCCAGUCCCAGCUGGGACACCAAGCAGCGUCUCCGUAAAGGCUGCUGCUGCGGUGUCUGUGACAGGCCCUAA